AUGCAAGCGAAGAACAUCACAAAUUUUGAUAAUGAUGCUGAUUUGUUAAUUAAUAUAUUUCCAAAAUACAUCUCUGUAUUAUGUUUUAUACCAUCUGCUAUUUUAUUUCUAACAACUCCAUCUGAUGAAAAAAAGAGUAUAAUUUAUCCGAUUUAUAGAAUAAUAUUCUUGAAUAUUUUGGCGAGUUGGCUGAGUAUUUUAGCUUCGAUUGUUCUUUUAUUCAUCAUACCAAAUAUAGAAGAAAGUAUGGUGUUGCUCAUUUUAAUAAUGUUAUGGGUACUGUCAUCUUUAACAAUGUAUUUUGCAAUUGAUGGAAGUAUGUUCUUCAUUUUACUAAUCGGAGUCCAACGAUUAAUAGUUAUAUUAAAUUUUGAAAAAUUUGCCGAUUAUAUUCAAGGAAAACAUUUGAAUCGAAUUCUUAUUUUGAUUGUUUUCUGGAUAAUAACAUCAAGCAUUGCUGAAAGAUCUUAUUGUCGUCUUGCAAUCUGCACAGUCUAUUCAAUUUUAUCGAAUAAAUUUGAAUGUGAUGGCACAAUUGUCACAGACACGGUGAGAGAAUGGGUUCCUGUCCGUCACAAUACAUUGUACAUAUUUUUCAGUAUUCAAUAUUCUCAAUUUAUACAUCAGCUUGUACUGAAUUAAUAGUUCCAGCUAUUUCUCUCACAAUUCACAUCAUUUUACUUUAUGCAAUCCAUAAAAGAAGUUAUAUUCUAUCAGAAACUCGUAGAAAAUAUGAGCUAGCUAUAAUUUAUCAAAAUCUACCACUAUUCGUAUAUUUUAUUGUUCGAAUUAUUGGUAUAAUUUUAUUUGUUCUAAUAGGAAAAACAUCAGAUUCAUAUUUGGAAUAUGUUAUCAUGAAGUUAAUCUGCCGAAAAUCAACAAAUAUUGAUUUAUUCCCAAUUGUCUAUACAGUUGCGAAUGGGAAAAGACUUAUGGCUAUGAUUCCUUGCAGAUGUCGCAAAAAUCAAAUUCAUGUGGAGAAUUUAGCGACAUCUGUUGUCUGA